CCAUGAAGAUUUUGAUGCGGCGGUACGAGCUGUACUACAUCCUCACCUUCAUGUAUCGCAAGAAAAAAGUGUUACAGUUACACAUUGUGUUGCAGGCCAAGCAAGGCAGACAAGCUCUGCCAUGCCGGAUACGCAUAGAAGCCUCGUUUCAUAGGUGUUUUCCCGUAGGAUUUCUGCAUUACAAGUUUUCUCUCUCAGGCAGAGAAAUUUGUGUUGCUGAAUUGACUACAAAUGUGUAACUGUAACACUUUUUUCGCGGGAUAUCAUGCGCCACUCGAGCGCGGCCAGCGGCUUCUUCGAGCAGGCAAGCUUGGCGGAGAAAGUGAAGGCCGUGGACGGGCGGCUCGGCGACAGCUUGUUCAACGUCAUCCCCUUCCCGGAGGCGUUCGGCACCCCGCAGCUGCAGGCCAGUUCCGCCUACUACUGCGCCCGGGACAACACCCCCUUCCCUCCCGCGGAGUGGAUCGACCUGCAGAAGGAAGCGCCCGGAGCAGCAUCGACGUCCUUGCGGUACCUAGUACUUCCCGACGACUCGCAGCCGAGUUUCUACCUGUUUCGCACCGCCGCGAAGCUGAAGGCCGGCGCGUGGAACUAUGAGAACGGCCACGCCUUGCUCCGCGCGGCGAACCGCGCGGGGGCGGCGGACUUGGCGGAAACCUUGGGGACUGAGUACUGGAAAGUGGUUUUGAUCGAUUACGUGGCCGUGUUCUUGAACUUGGUCUUCGCUUUUUGCCUCCUCUAUGUGUGUGAAAAACGACGGGAAAAACAGGAAUCCGGCGACGGGAAGAAGUUGGCGGCGGGAACAGGACGCGCUGCUGCUGAUGCUGCUGCUGCGCAGGAGGAGGCAAAGGCAAAGCAAAUGCAAAUGCAAAUGCAAAACAACGGAAAAAUGAUAAAGGAUGAAAAUCAGAAGGACGUCCUUGUACAUCAGGAUCAUCUUCAAGAACUUCCGGCCGCACUGGAGGUCCGGAACUUGGUGAAGACGUUCGACCGGGGAAGAAAGAUCGCGAACAACGACGUGACGUAUUCCGUGAAGCGGGGCGAAAUCUUUGGUCUGCUCGGCCACAAUAUCAAAUGUAAAAAUGUCUGGGUCUGGAUGAAAAGUCAUGCUGUUUUUGCAUGACACAGAAGGUCUGGCAUGAAAGCUCUAGCAUCACAGGUUUCGAGAAGCUUCCGCAAUGCCGAAUCCGCAUGACAAAUUGCCUAUUUUGCUGACAGAAGGUGGGCAGCUUUUGCUACGUAUGCAUGAGAGACUUUUCUGCGUUCUGAAAUACGCAUUACAAGUUCCGACCUUCCAGACCCAGACAUUUUUACAUUUGAUACACAACGGCGCCGGGAAGACGACCAUGCUGAGCCUAUCCUGUGCAAAAACGUCCCCACCCCAGAGUUGUCAUGCAAAUCUGCAUGCCAAAAAAGUUUGUCAUGCGGAGCCACAUGAGAACCAUUUUCCGGCUGUGUUUCGGAUUUUGUGAUGCUACAAUCAGCAUGAUAUGCUAGAUCUGUGAUGCUUCUGAAGUACCUAAACAGGAUUACACUACGAGGACAAACUUGUCAUGCGAAACAACCAAAGCUGGCUCAUUUGUCUAGCAGAUUUCCCAUCUUGACUCUGGUGUGGGGACGUUUUUACUCAGGAUAGAGCCAAAUCACGUGCCUGAUCCCCACGACCUCCGGCGACAUUGUCGUGGAUGGCAAAUCGGUGAAGGCGGACGUGGCCGCGGUGCGGCAGCGCAUCGCCUUCUGUCCGCAGGUGAACCCCAUGUGGGACGCCUACACGCUGCGGCAGCACGUGGAGUUCUUCGCCGCGCUGCGGAACCUCCCGCCCGCGCAGACGCAGAGGACGCUGGCGAAGUACGCGACGAUGCUGGGCCUGGACAAGAAGCUGAACACGAACUGCGAGAAGCUGUCGGGCGGGCAGAAGCGGCGGCUGUGGGUGAUGUGUGCGCUGCUGGGGUCCGCGCCGCUGGUGCUGCUGGACGAGGCCACGUCCGGCAUGGACCCGCAGGCCCGACGGGAUUUCUGGGUGCUGCUGAAGAAGAUCGCGAAGGAGGAGAACCGCGCCAUCGUGUUUUCCACCCACUACCUAGAGGAGGCGGACCUGCUCGCGGAGCGGAAACUCAUCCUGGCCGCCGGCCGGGUGAUGGCACUGGGCACGAGCCCCGAGUUGAAGCGGCAGUGGGGCUGCGGGUACUGGGUGCUCGGGAUGGUCGACAAGACGCAGGUAAAGGACAGCGAAACCGCGAAAAGUAUCCUGCAGGGGUUCGUCCCCGUGAUCCAGAACGCGCUAGAAGCAGCCGAAAUAAAAACAGAGGUGAAGACCAAGAACGAGAAGAUGAGCGCCUUCUUCCUGGCCUACUCCAUCCCCUGGGCCCAGGCCCCGAAAAUGCCCGCGGUGCUCGAGGCGUUGGCGAAGGCGGCGGCGGUAUCAAAUGUAAAAAUGUCUGGGUCUGAAAGAUUUCUAGAUUUGUCAUGCAUAUUUGCCAUGACCCGUGAUGUCUGUGAUGCAUGCCGUAGCAUCACAGAUUUUUGGAGCGCUUUGUGAUACCUCUACCGCAUUAGAAAUGCCCUCUCCGCGUAGCACAAACUGGAGUCCUCUUGCUGGUCAUGCAAGACAAAUUAUGAUUAGUGCCCUAUCCCCCCGAGGUCCUGCCCAGAGGCAGCGAUCGUAAAGGGGGUACAGUGGUUGAGGGGUAAAGAAGGUCAUGCAAGACAAAUUUUUUCAGAAUCCACAGACACAAGUUUAGAAUGUUCCAGACCCAGACAUUUUUGCACUUGAUAGGCGGCGGGUGGCCACGAAAGCGCGGUCACGUUCACGGUGGAGCAGACCACCAUGGAGGAGGUGUUUUCGCUCGCGGGGGAGAAGGGCGAGCUGGAGAAUCUCUCCGUGGAAGAGCGCAACCAACUGGAAGCCGCCCGCCGGGAACGGGAGAAAGACAAGGAAAUCUCCCGGCAGCCCCUGCUGCCCCGGCAACUGAACUUCUGGCCGCAAACCAGGGCGAUUUUCCAGUUUCGGCUGCGCGAGGAGAGUGCGCGGAAUCUCGGCGGCUAUCUGUCCGCCGUGCUGUUUCUCGGCUUCUGGUACACAUUCGCAGGGCUGCUCAAGUUUAUGGUCGAUGAGGACGACAGUAGUAGUAGCAGCGACGCCGGUGAAGAUGUUGACCUUCUCCCACCACUGAAACCGAAGCAGUCCACCUUUGGAAUGGUUCUCAAUUUUGCCGGAGGGAUUCUCCUCCCUUUCGCGUUCCUGUUCUUCGGAUUCAACAUGGCGAAGAAUGCGUACAGCCCGGAGAAACAGCUCGGGCUCGCCCGCCACUUGUCCAUGCACGGCGUGAAGCGGAGCGCCUACCACGCUGGCUCGGCGCUGUACUUUCUCUGCACCCUGACGGGUCCGUGCUACGUAGCCUUGGCCGUCUCGUUCUGGACACUGAUCGAUGCGGUGUACGCCGCCAAUACGGGCAUCAUCCUGGCGUUCGUUUUUCACGCCCUAAUCCCGACAGUCAUCUCCACCGUUCUCGUCCCGCUCUACCUCGCGUCGACCUGCAGUCCGGGGUUUCUGAUUUUCUACCAAAUGAUGGUGUUCCAGGCCGGAUUUCUGAAGCAAGUGCUCGAGGGCGUGUUGACUGACACCUUCUCCCUUGCCUCGCUGGCGGACCGGCUGGAGGGCGGCGAGGAGUUUCGGAAAUCGCAGGCGGCGCUGUGCACCACUUUCAGCAAUCAGUACACCAGUGGCUCCGGACUGCCGGACCAGGCCACGAAGUUCGGGUUUCCGACCAGUUGGCCGCUGUUCUUCCUGUUCCUGGGGAUUUUGUUCCCCAAUGUGGCCUUCGAGAACUCGGUUUUGGGGCUGCAGAAGCUCUGGGGCCUGGACCAAACCGUGACCAUCAACGAGCGGCAGACCAAGGACGCGAUCUACGCGAUCUGGGGCGCGUUUGAGUUCAUGCUGAACCAGGUCGGGUUCGAGAUGGCAACUUUGCUGGACAUCCUCUACCCGAACGGCACGGCCGGUCAAGAACAGCAGUUGUCCACCUCCUCGACCAGUUUUGGGCUCAGCUUCUACCUCUUCGGGGUUCUCCCGGAGAACGUUCGUUUAUUGUCUGUAAAUCCCGCGUUUUGGGAAGAGCCGGUGCAGGUUUUCGAGAAGCUGCAAAGCGAAAGUUACAAACCAACACUGGAGGAGCUGGUGCACGAAACGCCACUUUCGGAUCACCCGGCCCAGUGCGGCGCCCCAUACUUCGCGACGGUGCUGCACGCGGAGGUUUUGCAGCCGUUGUACUGUUUGGUCUUUUACUCCCUGCUCUUUCUGCUUUACGAGCUCUGGUAUCUGCCCAACAAAAUGGUGGGCUUGCAGUACCAAUCGGUCGCCGAGCUGGAACGGGCCUGCGGGGAAAAGGUGCCGCCCCAGGAGCCGGACGCGCAACGCGACCAGGACGUGGUCGCAGAGGAAAAGAUGACGAAACAGGAGCGGGACAGCGAGGAUUUUGCGCUAGACGUCACCAGCGUGUACAAGCAGUUUCGGGACCAAACCUCGAGCAAGCUGAACUGGGCCACCAACGGUGUCACAUUGCGCGUGAAGGAGGGCGAGUGCUUCGGGCUGCUCGGCCCCAACGGCGCGGGGAAAACCACGCUGUUCAGUUUGAUCUCGGGCAACGACGACAUCGGCGGGGCGGACCUGGGGACCAUCUCAAUCCUGCGCAAGGACACGAGCACCGACGGGUUCGCGAGCGCCAACCAAGUCACGGGCCUGGCGCCGCAAUUCGACAAGCUCUGGCCGCACGUGUCCGGCCGCGCGCAUCUGCGGCUGUUUGCCAAAUGCACGGGCUUCUACUACCCGCCAGCGAAAGAAGAUCAUCUCGUAAGAACUCCUGUCGAAAACAAGAAAGAGAACCACGGCGACCAAAUAAAGGGAGAGCAGGAGAAAAAUUCCUCCGUGGAAAAUAAUGUAGACCAAGGACGAACGUCGUCGAAUCCUUUGUGGAAGCAAGUGUCGCCCUUGCACGACUUCGGCGAAGCGAGGAUUUCGCGGCUCCUGCGCGAAGUGUCCUUGUCGGAGAAGGACGCCGACCGGCCGGCCGAGGAGUACAGUGGCGGGAUGAAACGCAAGCUCUCCGUGGCGAUGACCAUGAUCACCGACCCAUCGAUCGUCUUUCUGGACGAGAUGUCGGCGGGCGUGGACAUUGUGGCGCAGCGGAGCUUGUGGGACAAGCUGAUCAAUCGGCCGAAGAAUCAGACGAUCAUUUCCACUAUCAAGGGCAAAAAUGUCUGGGUCUGAAAACUUGUGAUGCUGGGUGGCGUAUCGUGAGGAGGCCACAAGUGCUGGCUCAGCAUGACAAGUUUCUGAGCUUCUAGGUGUUGCCUAUUCUGCAUGACAAGCUGCGUUUCUGCAUGGCAGAAAAAUGGGGCUCUUGGGUAAUAUGCGUGACAAAUUUUAGAGUCAUGUGAGACAAGCAUGACAAACUUGCAUUCUUCCAGACCCAGACACUUUUGCACUUGAUAUCCACCACGCAUUCUAUGAUGGAGGCCGAUGCCACGUCCGAGCGGAUCGGCAUUCUGGUCGGCGGCAGGCUGAAGUGCUUGGGGUCCACCAGCCGCAUCAAGUCCCUGUAUGGGGACGGCUACCACCUGGAACUCAUCCUCGACUUGAGCGGCGGCACAGCUGCGGCCGCGAGGAUCUUUCCAGCAGCCCCAGGGGACGAGGUAGCAAAUGCUGGUAAAAAACCAUCAACAUCUGGAACUCGUGUGUCGAAGAAGAGCCAGUUGUACCCAGAACAAGUUUCUUCACACCACCACCUCCUCGCGGCGCAGCACCACGAACCGGGGACGCGGACGACCGAACAGGUGGCUGACUAUCCUCAGGUGCUCGCGCAGGUCGCACACAAGGAGCCCGGAACGCGCACCACCGAACAACUCAGCGCCGGCGAGAUCGCGGCGCACAACGCCAUCGACGCCGCGGCGCGCGAGCUCGCAGCGAGCGGAAAUAGUAAGCUGUUGAAGAGCACGACAUCCAGUGUGGGGUCGAAUGUCGGCACAACAGCUAGUACCAUGGGCGGUAAAAAAGCCGCUGGACCAGGACACCGACCAGAAGGCGAAUCACAGGUGCAGCAGGGGGAACUACAAGCCGAAGCGGAGGAGAUAGACCCGAUGGACGAGCUGGAAAGCCUAUUGCGGCCCAGUCCGGUAUUAGAGGAAGGCAACGACGUCGCCGAAACAGGUAGUAUGAAGCUGCAGUCCCAGCAGUCCGGGCUCCUGUCUUCGAUGGGGACUGCGAGUCUGACUCCCCUGCAAGUCACGAACGCGUCCUUCUUGAAAAGCGGAAAUCGAAAGUCGAGGGACUCUGACGCGGCGGACGACAAGACCUUCCUGAAUGUGGGCAUCGAGUCGGUCCAAGUGGCCACCGUCGACCCAGUGCUGCAUCUCGACGAAUCCGGGCACAGCAACGCAAUCAGUGAGCGGAGCUCGCGCAAUUCAACCGCCGCUGCCGCGAAAAAUGUGAGGACCUCCGCGGCAGAAGCAGCUUCUGAUAGUAGUACUGCAAUAGGAGAAGUACUAGCACCUCCGACUGCGGAUGUUGAUGAAGCGAAAAAUGAAACAAAGCCGGCAGGUGGAGCGGAAGUGGAGGUUCUGAGCUUCGACCAGCAGGUGAAACUUUCCAAGUCCGAACACGGGAAGGUAACGAGCGCGAAGGGCAAACCACUAGCGACCAUGACGAUGGAGGACUGCGAGUGCUUCGUGGUCGACAGUCUGCUGGCCGAGUGCGCGGACCUGUCGCUGGCCCGGGAGGAUAUCCGGCUGCUCGAGAAGGUGCCGUUUAGCGACAUUCGCGUCCGCCUCAUCUUUACGCUCGGCGGGGGCGGGAAAAAGCCCCAUCUCGCCAGCGUGUUUCGCUGGUGCUUGGAAAACAGCAUGAAAAAGUACAUCGAGGACUACGGGUUUGGGGAGCCCACGUUGGAACAGGUCUUUUUGAAGUUCGCGCGGGAGCAGGAGCUGUUAGAUGCAAAACGCACGGGGGAUGCGGAAGGACGGAAAGAAUAGAGGGCUAUACAGUUGAUGUAACGAAUUUCUACUGUGGUGGACCGCGCCAGGAAGUUUUCUACACUGGUGCGCGAAGGUACUUCUGUGAGUACUUAAGUACAUAGAUGUCGUGUUCAUCUUUCCACUCCUUUCUCUCUCACUUAUGUCUAUUUUUUUGCGGCCUCUAAUCUCAUGCCAUUCAAAAUACAAAUUCUCUUCAUCUUCAUCUUCCAAUUGCACGCCGUUGUGGCGCCGCCUUUGGUUUUUUCUCAUUUGCGUCAAGUCCAAGAAGCUUGCGCUCAUCGCUUUUGCUUUUGUCUACCCACACGUAUCAACCACCCUUACCAACUUCCAAGCGUUUCUGGAAGUAGCCAAAGACUAGCAUAAGGUAAAUUUUUCUAUCCCACAUGACAUACACCAUCAGGAACAAAG